AUGCCUGACGCUACUCCUGCAGAGGUCAUGCCAGCUGUUGGUACAACAGGAACACCUGCUGUUCAACAACAACAAGCUCAACCGAACAAAUGGGGAAUGUUGAAGGCAUUUGCUUUCCGUCUGCUCACAGCAUACUUUGUCCUCAACUUGUUUCGUCGUCCAUCACCUAACCAGAUGGAUCCGAGCAAAACAGUUAUUCCAGCCACAAAUCUUUAUCAGUCGGGUUCACUGAUGGAUUUAUUUGUCUAUUUAAGUGAAGAUCCAACAUUUCAUUCCUUUAAUAACUCGGAUGCUCUGUUUUGGUAUGAACCCAAUAUUACGUAUGGGGAUUGGAAUGGUGGGCCCGGCGGAGAUGGUUCAUAUUCAAAGAUCGGUGAAAUUCAAUGCAGUCAGUUUCCCAACCUUAUGUCCAACGGUUCAUUGUAUAUACAUGUAUAUUUUGUUAAACCUGGUUUCUCACCAAAUCCAAAUACGGGCAAUAACUAUUCACCAAAGUAUACUGUAUAUAAAUCGAAAAUGUUGACGCGUUACAAACGUCGUCGUUUAUCCCGUACUGCGAAUCUGAUCACAGGUCAUACUGAUUCCCAUCCAGAUUUGAUAGCUGAUUCUUCGACACCAUCUGAUGUACAAUAUUUACCUCCAAUCACUCAUUGGCAUCCAAAUUUAACUAUUAACUUAGUUGAUGACCAUUCUCCAUGGGUAAAAGGUUCUGUUCCAGUUCCUUUGGAUCAAUUUAUCGAGUUCUAUUCGCCGACCAAUGAAUAUUAUCCCGUUGUUUAUCUGAAUGAUUAUUGGAAUUUAAAUGAAGAUUAUAAACCAGUGAAUGAAACUACGCCAAUACUACCAAUUCAUAUUACUUUAGCACCUUUAUCUCUAUUCAAAUGGCAGUUGUACGCUGCACAGACAGCUAAGAAAACUUGGUUCAACCAGUUGAUGGCCACUUCUAUGUUACCAUCAGAAAAUGAAAAUGAUGAGGAACAAGAUACAAUAAAGAAAGCACUGAUCGAAACAAAUCCUUUGCUUUUAGCUGUAACAGUUGUCGUAUCGAUUGUCCAUAGCGUUUUUGAAUUGUUAGCAUUUAAAAAUGAUAUACAAUUUUGGAAAACAAGAGAAUCAUUGGAAGGUCUCUCAGUUCGCUCUGUAUUUUUCAAUGUCUUUCAGUCAUUCAUUGUUGUGCUGUACGUACUUGAUAACGAUACCAAUUUUGUUAUAAAACUAUCAGUUGUUUUUGGACUGCUAAUUGAGAUCUGGAAAAUCAAGAAAGUCCUUUCUUUCAGAUUGGAUUAUGAUUCUUUGGUAUUCAAUGUAUUUCCACGUAUUCAUGUAGAUUACCAAUCAUCAUACGUAGAAAGUGAUACCAAGAAAUAUGAUCAGAUGGCUUUCCGAUAUUUAUCGUGGAUUUUAUUCCCAUUGUUAGCAGCUUAUUGUGGAUAUUCAUUAAUAUAUGAAGAGCAUCGUGGUUGGUAUUCGUGGAUACUUUCUGUCUCUUACGGUUUUCUGUUGACAUUCGGUUUCAUCAUGAUGACCCCACAAUUGUUUAUCAAUUAUAAAAUGAAAUCUGUUGCUCAUCUUCCCUGGAGAAUGUUAACAUACAAAGCACUAAAUACAUUUAUUGAUGAUUUAUUUGCGUUUGUUAUCCGCAUGCCUACUCUGUAUCGAAUUGGAUGUCUACGUGACGACGUGAUAUUUUUCAUCUACUUAUAUCAACGUUGGAUAUAUCCAAUGGAUCCCAAUCGUAUUAAUGAAUUUGGAGUCAGUAAGGAGAUGCUCGACUCUCAUAUUAAAUGUGAACCGAAGCAGUCCGACCUCGAUAGCGAAACAACACCUGCUUUAUCGUUACCAUCUUCCACUUCUUCGGAUCCCAAUCCAACCCUUUCCGAUUCUGAUGAUCAGAGUGACGUUACAUCGUCUGUGCGUAAACGAAAACCAGGCUCACUCAAGAAGUGA